CCGGUCGAUCGCGUGAUGCUCAUUCGUUUAUCCAUUCGAAAUCCUGCCUUCUAAGCCACAUGCGCGAACCUUCCGUGGGUAAUAGGCUGAAUAGGGUAUAGUCUGUUUUUGGUAGGGUCAUGCAUGCUUGUGGAAGAUUGCUGUGAGGAAACAGAGGCUUGAUCAUGAAAGCCUUCAAAUAUACUUCGAGGACUCGAACACUCCUGGACUUAACCAUCAUUAUUCUUCUCAUUCAGAACUCCAGGAUGGAAACUGAAGCAGCGUCCAUGAUGACUAGCUGGGCGGUUACAGAAGGCUGCCCCCUUGGCCAGUUCCCUUGUGGAAACAUCAGUGUGUGUUUGCCCCAGGUCCUCCAGUGUAACGGCCACAGAGACUGCAAAAAUGGAGCGGAUGAAGAACACUGUGGAGACAACAGUGGAUGGGCGGACAUCUUUGAUCGCACUAUUAAAAAGUCAGAGCCACAGGACCUUCCUAAUGAUUGCUUUUUGGAGCUGUAUCCAGAGAACUGUGACUGCAUGAAAACCGAAGUGGAAUGUGUGGAUGUGAACCUGCAUUUUGUACCCCUCCUCUCUUCCAAUGUAACUUGGCUGUCUCUGAAGAACAAUAAGAUCAGGAAGUUGGAUGAUUACAUCUUCUCUAAAUAUUCACAACUGCAGAGAUUAUUUCUUCAAAACAAUGUCAUUCAAAUGGUCUCAACCCAGGCCUUUAGUGGACUAUUCAGACUAGGAAGACUGUUUCUUAGCAAAAACGACAUAACUGAUUUGGGACCCGGUAUAUUUAGAGAUCUUCAUGAAUUACAGUGGCUAGUCUUGGAUCACAAUCCACUUCAAAGCAUCUCUCCAGAUACUUUCAUCGGGUUGAAAUUGUUGACAUUUCUAUCGAUGGUGAACACGUCCCUCAUGUGGCUGCCCGAUUCAAGUCUCUGUCAGCAUAUGCCCCUGCUCAGCUGGCUGGACUUUGCAGAGAAUCACGUUGAGUCGCUGAAUUAUUCCACUCUGAUGACGUGCACCGAGCUCACAGUGCUAUCAUUGCAUGACAAUAAAAUCAAGACACUUCCAGAAAACACGUUUCACUCGCUUGGAGCUUUGGUUGAACUAGAUUUGUCUUGCAACAGAAUCUCCGAUCUUCCUAAAAAUACUUUCAGAAGUUUAAAAUCUCUGCGUAAACUGAACGUAUCCCACAAUCCUUCUCUGCUGAUUCAUGCCAGUCACUUUGAUCAUCUGGUCCAGCUUGAGUCUCUAGGUCUGGAAGGCAUUGAAAUUCCUGAUAUACAGACUAUGAUGUUUCUUCCAAUGGGAAACCUGUCCCACAUAUAUUUUAAGGAUUUCCAGUACUGUUCCUAUGCCCCACAUGUUCGGAAAUGCAAACCUAACACUGAUGGAAUCUCAUCAGUGGAAGACCUGUUAGCCAGUCUGGUCCUGCGGGUGUCUGUCUGGGUUAUGGCCUUCAUCACUUGCUUUGGGAAUAUCUUUGUUAUUGGAAUGCGCUCCUUCAUUAGAGCAGAGAACAACCUGCAUGCAGCCUGCAUUAAAGUCUUGUGUUUUGCCGACUGUCUAAUGGGAGUCUAUCUUUUCUUCCUGGGAGUGUUUGAUGUGAAAUUCCGGGGUGAAUAUAACCGUAACGCGCUUAUCUGGAUGGAGAGUGUGGAAUGUCGAACUAUUGGCUUUCUUGCUAUGCUCUCCUCUGAAGUAUCUGUUCUUCUCCUCACCUACUUGACCAUGGAGAAAUUCCUCGUCAUUGUUUUCCCAUUUAGCCAUCUGCGGCCAGGGAAGCUGCAGACGGUGUUGGUUCUGGCCUCCAUCUGGGUUCUCGGAAUUGUCAUAGCAGCUGUCCCCUUGCUAAAUGAAGACCUGUUUGGGAACUAUUAUGGGCGAAAUGGAGUUUGUUUCCCUCUGCACUCUGAUAGGCUGGAGAAACCUACGGCCAAAGGAUACUCCACAGGGAUAUUUCUAGGUCUAAAUCUUGUGGCGUUCUUGGUGAUUGUCGUUUCCUACUCCAGCAUGUUCUGUUCCAUUUAUAAAACAGGCAUCAAUGCCACAGAUGUGCGCAGUCGGCUGCACAAAGACGUGGCCGUGGCCAACCGCUUUUUCUUCAUUGUGUUCUCUGAUGCCCUCUGCUGGAUACCCAUAUUUUUGGUCAAAACACUCUCUCUGCUAAAAGUUGAGAUUCCAGGAAUAAUAAACUCAUGGAUGGUGGUCUUCAUUUUACCCAUCAACAGUGCACUGAACCCUAUCCUUUAUACCCUGACCACCAGCUUCUUCAGAGAGCAGGUGGAGCUUCUCCUUUGCCAUUGGCAGCAGCGUUCUGCAUCAAAGAAAGACCGCAAGAGUCUCACCAGCUCCGCCAUCUACAUGGAGACAUCUAGAAAUGCAGAUUACCCUGCAAAAGUUUCCUUGCUGUGAUUGUCUUUGGCAGAUGUGGAUAACCAAUAUGGGAGAAAAAGCAACGAGUGAAAAACCUCAUGGUGUAGUGCAGUCAUAACCACUAUCUACAUUCAAAAAAUAGAACGACGGCCUUUCAUGGAAAAAGUGAGAAGAUUGCCCUGCAACACCUGCUGUUUGGGUUCCAAUAUGGAGAGCUUUUUUCUUUCUUUUUGUUUUUUUGGAACUCUUCAGCUAGACUGGUUUCUUGGAGCCCUCCAUUUCCCCCCACAAACAUCCUGUCUGGCCCACAGCCCUUGAGUUUGGCUUGUUCUAAGUCUCAAAAGCUUUUAAAGCUUUUCUUUUAAAGAAGAAAAAUAAUCACUACAAUUAACGCAUUGUACAAGACUGUCAUUAUUUACUGCAGUAAAGUAAGUAUUUGAGGAAUCAAAGGAGCUUUAUGGUAAAUGGUCAGCACUUAUAUUACUUAUACCUUAUUGGUUCUUCAAAGCUCUUUACACUUUGACUCACACACUCACACACACACACACACACACACACACACACACACACACACACACACGACAGCAGAGCAGCCAUGCAAGGCACUAGCCUGCCGUUGUUAGCAACUUGGGGUUCAGUGUCUUGCCCAAGGACACUUCGGCAUGUGGAGUCAUGUGGGCCAGGAAUCUAACCGUUAACCCUGCGAUUAGUGGACAACCUGCUCUACCACCUGAGCCACAGCCACCCACAAUUUUUAUCAGCAUUGUUUACACAAGGAGUGUUAAUGGACACUAAUAUAUUUAUGGGAAAGUUUGAAUAUGUGAUCGAUUUCGAGAUCGAAUUUGAGAAGAUAUUUGUAAUGUACAGCAAAAUUAUUUUAUGCCAGUUCUGUCAUUUUAGUAUUUAUCAGAGAAAGACAUACUGUAUAAAUAGAAAUAUCAUAAUGUCUGGGUCUUUUUUAAUGGACAUUUAGAUGGCCCCUGACUUUCUGAGGGCUAUAGUACUGACUUUUGUAUUUAAUAAUUUGAUGUCAAUGGCAGAAAAACAGCAGCAUGCAAAAAAAGAGGUCAUAUAAUUCAGAUUCAGCUGUGCAAGAUGCCUGACAAUACAACCGUCACAUUCUUUUUGUUUUUUGUUAGUUCUUUUUUGUCCUUUUUUUACAGCAAUGCAAAAGCAUUAUAUUUUUGUACUCUUGCCGGUUAUUUAUAAAUUAGAUUUUUCUUUCUACAUAUCUCAAGGAAUUAAAAAAUAUAUAAAAAAUUCACACAGAAGUAUAAUUUUAAAGGAAUAUUCCAGGUUCAAUACAAGUUAAGCUCAAUCGACAGCAUUUGUGGCAUAAUGUUGAUUACCAUGAAAAAUGAUUUGGACUUUUCAAAAGUGAAUAUUCCUUUUCUUUAAAAAAUCAAAAAUGGUGGUUACGUUGAAGCACUUACAAUGUAAGUUAAUGAGGCCAAUUUUUAGAGGGUUUAAAGGCAGAAAUGUGAAGCUUAUAAUUUUAUAAAAGCACUUUCAUUCUUUGUUAAAACUCAUGCAUUAUUUUAGCUGUAAUUUGUUUAAAUCUUAUUUUUUAUAGUAAUUUUAGGGUGUACAGCAUUUUGUCCUCAUGGCAGUGAAGUAGUACAUUUGGAUAUAACGUUACUCAGAAAAGGUUAGUAAGUGAUUAUAUAACACUAAAAUGAUGUUAACAUACAAUUCUUUAAAAACAGUGAGUAUUUUAAAGUUUACAGAUUGGCCCCAUUCACUUCCAUUGCAAAUUCCUCACUGUAACCCAGAUUUUAGCUAUUCUUUUCAUUUCUUAUUAUUAUUUUUUAUAAAAACGAGGUGAGAAGAAAUUAGUUUGCAUACAUUAUGUCACAAAUGCUGUCGCUUAAGCUUAACUUGUAUUGAACCCUUUAAUAGUCAGAUGUCUUAUAGAAUGGGUCAAAAAAUAUGGAAUUGACAAUCUAGAGAAAUCCAUCUAAACAAUAACACUACCAAUCCAAGGAUUUCCUUGUAAUUCAAUAAUUGUUUGACACAGAGUUCUCAAACUCUCAGUAGAAAAAGGCUGUUGAUUGUUUAUAAUUUAUCAUAAAAGACAAUUAUACCCCAUAAAUCAGUGGUCUCAGUCACAUUCUUGUGUUUGUGUAAUUUUACACGAUGGAAACAUAUAUCAUGUGUAAAACAGAUUACAUUAUUUGCUUGUAUCAAAACUGAUGCUGUAUAUAAACAUAUGUCGCAGACACAAGUUAUGGUAGGUCAGCAAUAUUUAGCAUCACCUAAAGAUGACUAAGUUCUGCUAAUCAGUUUGAUUUCAUCUGUAUUACAAAAUGUAAUAACAUUAACAUGUUUACUUUGUAGUAGGUUUGAUUGGAUUGGGAGAUACUUGUGGAGAAAAUCCUGUUCUUAGUCAGUUUUGAUAAA